AUUUUACGAUCGGUUAUCAAGUCUUUCUCAUCAAAGAAGUCAUAGAAAUAGUCAAGUCGAAGCGUUGUUGAGUUUAGUCAUCUGCCAAUAACUAUCAUCUUCAUCUUUAAGGUAUCCCGAGUUUAAGCGUAAUCAACGUCGCAAAUUGAUCAGCAUCGCGUACAAAUAUCGAAGUCUUCUCUGCCAUCAUGAUGCUAAACGCACUGCCUUUCCUCGCUGUACUCUUACAAAUAUUUGCUAGCUGCCAGGCAGCCCCGAUAGAAGCCGCCGUGGACGACAGCCAACUGAAACACAUCAGAACCGCCAGAUCACUUACCGGAAAUGACGACAUGUACAAGUGGGACGAGUUGGGAGAAUACGAUGUUGACUACCCAGAACUUCAGGAUGACGUGUAUGAUGAAGACACGACUUACGAAAUUGACAACACGGCUUACGGAAAUGAAAUAGAUUACGAAAAUCCCCGGACAUUCGCAGAAAACGUUCUGCUACAGAAUUUGUACCGUUACAUUGCCUUGAAUAUAUUGCCGAAGCUGGCGAAUCCGGAGAAAAGGGGGCCGAAUACCGGAAUGCGAAACAGCCGACCAUCGCAACGGAAUCCGGGAAGAGGAUUCAGACCUUACAACAAAUGCAAACGUGGGCGAAUGGGAGGCUUGGGAAAAGGAAUGUACGGAUGUUGAAACAAAGUUUAAAAUAACAAACGAAAUCGCGAAUUAGGUGUUUUUUUAUGAACUCGUGGCAUUAUAUCAACCUGGUAUACAAUACAUCUUGAGUAGCUCAAAAUGUACUGUGUACCAACACGACUACCAAACAUUGCAAUAAACAAUAUUCAGAAAUACGUCAUUGAUUUGUUCA